AUGCCUAUCCCACGGUACGAGUAUAACGGCCCAAUCGAUCACACAAUACCGAUUGAUUAUGCUCAACUCAAAGGCAAAUCUGUGAUCAUCACUGGUGGUGCCAACGGCAUGGGGGAAACUUGCGUUCGCAGGUUUGCAGAAUCAGGCGCAUAUGUAACCAUUGCAGAUUUGAAUAAAUGCGGUUAUGAGCUAUCGUCUGAACUCAAUCAGAAGUAUGGUGACGAACGGACUACGUUUGUCCGAGUCGACAUCCGGGACUGGGAUCAACAAAAAAACAUGUUCGAGGCUGCCAUGGGCAAGUUCGGCGCUGUGGAUAUUGUCAUUGCGAACGCUGGUAUCAGUAGGAGCUCGGGAGAUAGUCUUUGGGCUUUGGAUGAUCCAAAUGGCGACCCAACCAAGCCGGAUCUGAACAUUGUAGAAGUCAAUCUGAGGGGCAGCUUCUACACAUGGAAGCUUGCCGUUCAUUACUGGCGAAAACAGCAAGAGAGUGAGGAUAGGGACCGAUGCUUUAUUAUUACCGGAAGUAUGGUCGCCUGGAUUGAUUCACCGGUACGUGCACUUCACGGUACCAAGUCCCGCUUGCUGAUACAGGCAAGGGGAACUGGGAGUACACGGCCACGAAGCAUGGUCUGUAUGGCUUCAUGCGCACAGCCCGUCGAUCCACGUGGGAGCAAGGCAUCCGCAUCAACUAUGUUGCACCGUCUUGGAUCAAGAGCGCGAUUCGGACAAAGGAAUAUGAGCAGUGGCUUAUCGACCGUGGUAUCGAAUUCGGGGAGCAGGACGAUGUUGCGAGUUGUAUGA